CACAACACCUCCAAUUUCCAAACCAAACCCUUGCAUGUUCAUUCCCUCAACUUACUCGACUUUAGCAAUUGCCAUUAUUCUAUUGUCGUAUAUGCUUUAUUCAUCAUACUACAACUGAUUCCAUUUUGUUUUGGUAGCCAGAAUGACGUCGUUUAUCACGAAUAUCCUCUGGAAUAGCGUUGAAGGGUUUGUGGAAGCUGGGACGAGGACGGCUGGCGAAUAUGCAGGGGAUGCAUUGAUUAAAGCUGGAGAUUUGAUUGAGGGAUCGGGUAGAAAUGUUGGGAGUAAACUCGAGCGUACGGCCUCAGGCUACGGCCAAAAAAUUUCCGGCCAAAACUACAACCCUGGCUCCAAGGCACUGCCUUCCACUUCCGCCAAGAACCCCGCCGUCAAACGCUCGAAUUCGAGUCCUGCGUCCACCAGAGCCGUGGGCCCGACUAGUAGAGUGCCAAUUGGAGGCAACAAGUAUCCCGGUGGGAAAGGCGUUCCUUCAAUUAAAGGUACAGGGGUUGCGUCGAGGCAAAUCACCAAUGGCGUCUCGGGGACGAAAGGCGCGAUAGGUGGAGCGCAGAGGACAAUUGGUAGUGGAGCAGGCAUAGGUAGUGCUCAAAAAGCCAUCGGCGGCACAAAAAGCCCCCCAAAACCUUACCCAAACAACGUCCCUUACGGCACCUCCACUACACCCUCACCCUCCGCGCACAAGUCCAAAACAACAUCGAGCCUCAGUUCCGCUAAAGGGAUCGUUGAACACAAUGGCGCGAACUUAACGAGGCCGUACCCGUCGAAUGCGUCCGCGUAUUCAAGUGAGAAGAAAUCGGCGGUGAGGCCUGGGCGGCCUAAGGAGUUUAAGCUUCCCGGUGGAGGAGGGGCAGGAAAUGCAGUGAAGGACGAGGGGAAGAAGGCGUACUCUGGGACGAGUACGUAUCCUGGGGAGGGGAAGAAAACGCCGGUCAGGCCGCAGAAGUAUAAGCCCAUAGAGAGGAUGAAGGGAACGACGGAAAAAGGGAAGAUGACGCAUAUUUCUGUGUGAAGUAGGUUUUUGGUCGAGAGGCUUGAAAGGUGUCCUGAUUGUAAAAUGGUGGUAUACAUACAUGUUUUUGCAUCAUUCGCUAGGAAUCUUUUUGUUUACACAAAGACCUAGUGAGAAUUUCAUGAGAGGUGAGAAGGACUGCUCUUGUCACCGAGCAACAAAUACUCUCUCGUUGCCUCUCCACCUCCAACAUUUCAUUGGCAGAUUUCCCUUCCCAACCUCGUCGAUGAGAAAUCUCC